AUGAGCAAUCCAGAAGACUAUACUGUUGGGUGGAUCUCCGCUGUGACAACCGAGUACGUUGCUGCUCAACAGCUGCUCGACGAAAAACAUGAGGAUCCCCCGCGUUUGUCAGCGCGCACCAAGAACAACUAUACUGUGGGCAAGAUCGGGAGGCACAACGUGGUCAUCACCAAUCUACCAGUUGGGGCAUAUGGCACCACAUCGGCAGCCCUGGUAGCCGAGGAGAUGAUGCAGAGCUUUCCCAACAUUCGCAUUGUCCUCAUGGUCGGCAUCGGCGGCGGAGUCCCAAGCUCAAGACACGAUAUCCGUCUUGGGGAUAUCACUGUCAGCGUUCCUGGCAAUGGCAAAGGUGGCGUGAUUCAAUACGAUUUUGGCAAGACAAUCCAGGAUCAAGAAUUCAAGCCCACGGGUUUCCUCAGCCAACCGCCUACCCUUCUGCUUACAGCACUCGGUGGACUUCAAGCCAAGCACGAGGCUGAAGGCCAUACCUUGGACCAAAUGAUCAACACCGUGCUUGAGAAGAAGCCUCGACUUCGAGUUAAAUAUGGACGCCCGGACCCGGCUACCGAUCGCUUAUAUCAAAGUCAUGUUGUUCACCCGGCACAUGGUGACUUGUCCUGCGAUCCGAACUGCGGAGACGAUCUCGAGCUCUUGGUCUCACGACGCCCUCGCACGGACAUGGAAGAUGAUCCGGCAAUUCAUUACGGCUUAAUUGCCUCGGCGAACCAAUUGAUGAAAGACGCCUUGGCCCGAGAUAAGUUCGCCGCGCAAAUGGAUGUUCUCUGUUUCGAAAUGGAAGCAGCUGGCUUGAUGAACAAUUUCCCCUGCCUUGUCAUCCGGGGCAUCUGUGACUAUGCCGAUUCGCAUAAGAAUAAAGUCUGGCAGGGGUAUGCGGCUAUGACUGCGGCGGCUUAUGCCAAAGAUCUUUUGAAUCAGAUUGCUCCUUGGCAGGUCGAGCAGGAGGCCAAGAUUGUCAAUGUCUUCAACGAGGGGUCUCAUAAUACGCGUAUCGAGUUUAAUGUCAUAGUUCAGCCCUGGCCAGCCGUGGCAGAGAUGAGAUGA